AUGUCUGACCUUAUGAGAAUGAUGACAACCAUGAAGCAAAAUACUGAAGAUAGCAUCAAGGAGUUGAAAAACACGAAAAAGCAUUUGGAGAAUCAAAUUGCACAAGUCACAGGUACCAAUAUCCAAAGGCAACCUGGCCACUUACCGGGACAACCGAUCCCCAAGGAGACCGCCAAUGCUAUCACUACUCGUAGUGGUGUCAGUUAUGAAGGGCCACAAAUGCCUACUGAUGAUGCAAAUCUUGAGAAGGAGAAUAGUGAGGUUGCAGAGAAGGCCUUAGAUGAUGUUCCCACCUCAAAAGAUGGGAAAGAUAAAGCAAGUGAUGUUGAGAAAGAGAAAAAGAAAGGUUCUGAGCCUCCAUCCGUCGAGCCAAAGCUACCAUUCCCACAUCGAAUGCAAAAGACCAAGGUAGAUCAACAAUUUGGUAAGUUCUUGACUAUGGUCAAGAACCUUGAGGUAACUGUUCCUUUUACUGAUUUGGUCUCUCAAGUUCCAAUGUAUGAAAAGUUUUUAAAGGAAAUGAUUACUAAGAAGAAAGACUUUGGUGGUGUAGAAACAGUCGCUCUAACUGCAGAGUGUAGUGCUAUAUUGCAAAAUAAAUCCCCACCUAAGCUUAAGGACCCUGGUAGUUUUUCCAUCCCAUGUCAUGUAGGUGCAUUAUUCAUCGAUAAAGCUUUAUGUGACUUAGGUGCUAGUGUGUCUGUUAUGCCUCUUUCUGUUUGUAACAAGUUGAAUAUGGGAGCUUUAAAAUGCACACAAAUCACCUUGCAAAUGGCAGAUCGUUCAAUAAAAUACCCUUUAGGUAUUUUGGAGGAUGUCCCCGUUCGGGUUGGGAAAUUUUUCAUUCCUGUUGAGUUUGUAGUUUUGGAUAUGGAGGAGGAUAGUAAUAUCUCGAUUAUUUUAGGUAGACCUUUCUUGUGUACUGCAGGUGCUGUUAUUGAUGUCAAGUCUGGGUCCCUUACUUUGUCUGUUGGUGAUGAUACAUUGACUUUUAAUCUAACCAAUGCGAUGAAGUCGCCUAUGCUUGAGAAUACUUGUUGCAGGAUUGAUGUGCUUGAUGAGAUUGUGAGAGAUGAUACGCCUCGUGAGUUAGCUAACGAUCCAUGA